AUGGUCCACACCGGCUACAAGGGCCUGCACUUCCUCCUGCAGAAGAAACAGGUAGUGACAGGAGAGCCUCAGCACAUAGUAUUCACCAUUCCCAUUUUUGAGCCAUUGCCCUCCCAGUACUACAUCAAGGCAGUCUCUGAUCGAUGGCUUGGUGCUGAGGCUGUCUGCGUUAUCAACUUCCAGAACCUCAUCUUACCAGAGAGACAUCCACCACACACUGAGCUGCUGGACCUUCAGCCAUUGCCGGUAACUGCUCUGGGUAACCAGGAGUACGAGAGCCUUUACAAGUUCACUCACUUCAACCCCAUCCAGACGCAGAUCUUCCACACGCUCUACCACACGGAUACCAAUGUCUUGCUGGGAGCACCAACAGGCUCUGGAAAAACCAUUGCAGCAGAGAUAGCCAUGUUCCGGGUCUUCAACGAGUGUCCAUCCUCCAAGGUGGUGUAUAUUGCCCCUUUGAAAGCCCUGGUGAGGGAGCGGAUCGAGGACUGGAAGGUCAGGAUUGAAGAGAAACUGGGAAAGAAAGUGGUGGAGCUGACGGGUGACGUAACUCCUGACAUGAGAGCCAUAGCACAGGCUGACCUGAUCGUCACCACUCCAGAAAAGUGGGAUGGAGUGAGCAGGAGUUGGCAGAACCGAAGCUACGUUCAGAAAGUAGCCAUCCUCAUCAUUGAUGAGAUCCACCUGCUGGGUGAGGACAGAGGUCCGGUCUUGGAAGUCAUUGUGUCCAGGACCAACUUUAUCUCCUCUCACACUUCCAAGAGUGUUCGAGUAGUCGGUCUGUCCACGGCUCUGGCCAAUGCUCGAGACCUUGCUGACUGGCUGGGAAUCGGACAGGUGGGUUUGUUUAACUUCCGUCCAUCUGUGCGCCCAGUCCCGCUAGAGGUUCACAUCCACGGUUUCCCAGGACAGCACUACUGCCCCCGCAUGGCCAGCAUGAACAAGCCCACCUUCCAAGCGAUACGCACUCACUCCCCGGCCAAGCCAGUGCUGAUUUUUGUAUCAUCACGACGGCAAACUCGCCUGACUGCCCUGGACCUCAUCGCUUACCUGGCUACAGAGGACAACCCCAAGCAGUGGCUGCACCAGGAUGAGAGAGAGAUAGAGGACAUCAUCGCCACAGUUAGAGAUUCCAACCUGAAGCUGACGCUGGCCUUUGGGAUUGGCAUGCAUCAUGCAGGCCUUCAUGAGAGAGACAGGAAGACUGUGGAGGAGCUGUUUGUCAACUGUAAGAUCCAGGUUCUGAUCGCUACCAGUACUCUGGCCUGGGGAGUGAACUUCCCUGCUCACCUGGUGGUCGUCAAGGGAACAGAGUACUAUGAUGGCAAAUCCAGGCGCUAUGUGGACUACCCCAUCACAGAUGUCCUGCAGAUGAUGGGCCGAGCAGGUCGUCCUCAGUUUGAUGACCAGGGCAAAGCAGUGAUUCUCGUCCAUGACAUAAAGAAGGAUUUCUACAAGAAGUUCCUCUACGAACCUUUUCCUGUAGAGUCCAGCCUCCUCAGCGUGCUGUCAGAUCAUCUGAAUGCUGAGAUUGCUGCAGGAACCAUCUCAUCCAAACAGGAUGCCAUGGACUACAUUACCUGGACAUACUUCUUCAGAAGGCUGAUGAUGAAUCCCAGUUAUUACAGCCUGGAAGACAUCAGCCAUGAGUCCAUUAACAAAUAUCUGUCCAGCCUGGUGGAGAGAAGCCUGCGCGACCUGGAGUCGUCUUACUGCAUAGAGAUAAAAGAGGAUGAUCAAUCGAUCGAGCCGCUUACCUACGGUCGCAUUGCCUCCUAUUACUACCUGAAGCAUCAGACAGUCCGCAUGUUCAAAGAACGCCUCAGGGCUGAGCUACCCAUCCCUGAGCUGCUCUCUGUUCUCUCGGAUGCAGAGGAGUAUGCCGAGCUGCCCGUCAGACACAAUGAGGACCAGCUGAACAGCCAGCUGGCUCAGCAGCUCCCCUUGCAGGUCAACCCCCACUCCUACGACAGUCCACACACCAAGCCCCACCUGCUGCUGCAGGCCCACUUCAGCCAUGCCCAGCUGCCGUGCAGCGACUACACCACUGACACAAAAACGGUGCUGGACAACGCCAUCCGAAUCUGCCAGGCAAUGCUGGAUGUAGCUGCUAAUGAAGGUUGGCUCGUCACAGCUGUCAGCAUCUGCAACCUCCUGCAAAUGAUGGUCCAGGGCCGCUGGCUGCACGACUCCUCGUUGCUGACAGUGCCACACAUAGAACAGCAAGACCUCUAUCGGUUCAGAAACUGGGCAAACAGGAAGCGGCGCGGUGACCUGGGAGGGUUCAGCAGGCCAAUCGAAGGCCUUCCUGAGCUCAUCGCUGCCUGUAAUGGAAAAGAAAGUAUUUUCUCUGCAAUGGUCGGCCAAGAGUUUCCAUCAAAUCAGAUUGCCCAGGCGUGGUCAUUCCUGAGCCAUCUCCCGGUGUUGGAAGUUGAGAUGAGCAUGAAGGGCUGGUGGGAGGAGAGCCAGGAGCAGAUGGAGCAGCCCCUCCCUGCAGCAGGAGCUAACCUAAGAGAGGAGAGCAGCUGGCUGGAUGUCCACGCUGACCAGGAGUAUGUUCUGCAGGUGUCACUGAGACGCAUCAAUGUGGGCCAGCAGAGGAGGAAGCAGGACAGUAAGGCCCAAGCUCCCAGGUUCCCCAAGGUGAAGGAUGAGGGUUGGCUCCUCAUUGUUGGGGAGGUGGAUCGCAGGGAGCUGCUGGCUGUGAAACGGGUCGGAUACGUGCGCAAACCGCACGCUGUGUCCAUGGCCCUCUACACCCCGGAAAAGACCGGAAAGUGUAUUUACACCCUCUACCUGAUCAGUGACAGCUACCUGGGUCUGGACCAGCAGUAUGACGUUCACCUGAAUGUAACUCCUGCCAGCAUCGCUGCCCAGGUCAACUCUGAGGUCUCACAUUCAGUAUCUGAAGUGUCCCUCAGCUGAGGAGCAGGAGGACCGAAGCUCAUCUGUCUGCAGCAGCUCCAGAACCUUUCCAAGAACAUCUGUCAUGUUCAAGUUCCACUCGCCAAGUUCCUCUCUCUGCUUCAGUUCCUACAUUGUAACCAUGGCAGUGAUGUCAUUGCUUCCUUUCAUACUGUGAGUGCUGCUGUCAGGAGAAGCUCCACAUGUUCUGUAGGAUUUUUCUGAUUCUUUAAUUUAAGCAUAAAUUGGUGGUUCACUGUUUUUAUGUUUUCUGUUUCCAAUGAUUAAACUCACAUUUAGAUUGACACACUUUGUAACAGCAAAUAUUUAGUUCCACAUGAAGCUUUCUGUGCCUGAAUGUGAGGAAUGGGAUGACUCUUUGUUAUCUACAAGUUCUGUGAAUGUAACCCAAACUCAUCUAAAGGCCAGUGUGCUUAGGAAGAAGAUCCACAGCUGUAAAAUGGGACAGAGUGUCUUCACUUCCCAUCAGCAGACUGGGCUUCAGUCAGAGUCAGCGCCCGACAGCCUGCAGCACUGACACAGAUAUGCUGGUGGUUAAAGGGCCCCCACACUCUAAGCCACACUUGUGAUGCCAUUGGACGGUCUACAGAUGACUGCACACAUUUGUUUAGCAGUAACCUCGACUGUGUCCUGGAAGCAUAUUUAAAUAUGUAUUAAUUGUGUCGCUAUCCUUUAGCUUCAGCCCAUCGGGGGUGUAACACAGCAGCGUUUCUCUGCCCUCAGUGCUGCUCUUAAUGCUCACCCGUGUGUAUCGAUGUGGAAAUGCAGCGUGAAAAGUAAGAAAAGAUCAGGACAGUUUUUCUUUAAGAAGACUGGAAAAAACACGUUCCCACAUUCAUGAACUACAUAACUCACAGCACCCACUGUGGCCUUAUGGAGCAACAGCAGUCAGUGUUUAAUCUUAGAUAAAUAUGAGUGAGAUGUUUCUGUGAGGAGCAGAAUAUGUGGGAAAAAUCUUCCCAUGUUGUUUUGGCAGAAUCUCUUUAUUCUGAUGGUUUCAGUUUAGGUCCGUGAAGCUUCUUCCUUCCACCCCAGCAGCUCGAGACCACCAGAGCGCCACGUUUCCCCCUCCGUUUGUCAGAAGUAUCCUCAGCUGGAGGGGAGCAGAGUG